CUACACAAACGAAGAGAAGAAUGUCAAACAAAAGCAAGAAAAUCGCCAUCAGUUUCAUAAACACCUUGUCUUUGCUCUUUGGAUUCGCAGCUUUCUUCUCAUGGGUAUACUUCGGCCUGCGCAUGGGUUCAUGGCACCGGCCACUCCAUCCAAACCCUAUCAUAGACCUUGGUCUCUUCUUGCUUGGGAUUUCACUGGUUAAACACAUUCUUUGCUGGUGUUUCCCUGGCAUCAAGAAACUGGUCACCUACCUAGCCUCAUUCCCUAUGCUUGCAAUCAUCAUUACAACUUUUGUGGUAAUGAUUUUUGCAUUGGUUGUGACCCACAAGGGAAACGGUAGAGAAAUUCCAAGGGUCUCCUACUCCAAGCCUGACUUAGAAGACUACUCCAAGUCGUUGCGGAGGUACGUCGAAGGUAUAACUCGCUGGCCACCCAUUAUACGUGCCUUGAGAGACUCUCCAAUUUGCACCAACUAUACUGAAGACUACGAUCAUCUUAAUCAUUCAGUACGAAAGAAUGUUAAUUUGACUCCACUACAGACGGGUUGCUGUGCGCGAGUACAUCCCAGCUGCUAUCAUAAACCAGAUAGCCGCCGGAAACAUUGCUUGCCAGAUCAUUAUCACGAAUCUAUAUGUGUCUUCUGCGAUUCAUGCAGGGCUGCAAUUCUUGAAAACAUGAAGAUGGAGUGGAGGCAUAUGGUUUUUGCCAAUAGUUUUAUCUUCGUUUCCCUUAUUAUUGUCUAUUCCUUCUGUUACUGCACCAGAAAGGAAAAUACAUCACAUCUCCUACCCAAGUAUUUUAAGAUAGAGACACCUUACUAUAACUAAGUCGAUGUGCACCAAAACAAUUUAUA